UGUAACGGCCAAAUGGCGACAACACUGACCGUCUAGCCUCCACCGAGUUUGCUAGAUGGAAGCCUCGUGCCGCUCUCCGUGAACUAAAGUAUUUGAAGGAUAUCAUCAAAUUCGAUAUACUUACUGCGGUCGUGAAUAGCUCUAAAGAUUAUUGAAGGUUUUUUUUGUAUUGUUCAAUAUGUGGCUGUAACGGUUUUCCAGUGCAAGGCGGAAAAUCUGAACAGGAUAAAUUCGUUCACGGAUUUUGCACAAAAUGCUUCCGUUUUUGGUAGCUAUUGCCGCGGCAUUACAUGUAGCCGAAUCAUGUGGAUUCCCCGGGAGUCCAGCACACGCUAAGGUGUACACGUCCGAUGAACAUUUUCGAGAGGGUGCGUCGGUGACGUUCGAGUGUGAUCCCGGAUAUCGUAUGCUGGGUCGGUCCUCUUUGCGCUGCAGUAACUCAGAAUGGGACUCACCAGGUCUUCCAUACUGCGUAAGAGAAGUGGCUUUUCGCAAGCCUACUGGAAUGAGCUCCCGCGAUGAAACAGCCAAAUUGGCCGUUGACGGUGAGCAUAGUACGUGCGCAGAGACUGCGUUCGGAAGUUUACACCGAUGGUGGGUCGAUCUGCUUGAGGAAUACGUCGUUGUUAACGUGGUGGAAGUACGUUUCGGUAUGAAGUUGAAAAACGCAACCGUGUCUAUAUCAGUCGUCGAUCACCGAAUCAAUAGCAGCUGGCCGUGUACGCGUUGGACAGGGAUCGAUCUGGAUGAUAUUGGGGCGCGAUAUUUUUCCUGUGGAAGCAAUGGAAAUUCGACCACUAAAGAAGGCCCUACCGUCAGAAGAGCAAAUGAUAUUUAUACUAGCAAUCGCAUCGCCAACGAAGAAGACAAACUAGGUUGGUCUGGUACAGUUAGGGGUCGCUACGUACAGGUCUCCGUGGAAGCCUUUCAUGGAUUUUUCCUUCAAUUGUGCGAAAUAAGCGUCUUCUCACAGGACCUAUUAUCACCUGAGGACGUUUGCGGUGAAUCCGGCGAUAAAAUUGAAAGUUUUGAGAGCAUGUGCUAUGAGGCAACGCCUCAUAAGAUGUCUUACGGGGAGGCUGCGGAAUAUUGCUUGAAAAGAGGCGGCAAUUUUUGGCCGGUAUCACAAAGAAAUUCUAUCAUCGACGACGAGACGGAGGAUGGCCAGGACGCGAUACUUGACGAUCAACGAGUAGACCCCAAAGAUGAAGAAAAAUUCGUAUCGUGGAUGAUGGACGUGCACAAUCUGGACCGAGUUUGGGCGGCUCCAAGGAAGACAUCAGAAGCAAGCACAACUAUGACACCCGCAUCAGCAGUGCCGAAUGCGACGCUGAGGUCAGCAAAGUUGAACCUUUCGCGCGCAUACGCUACUGAGAAAAACAACAUAAAUUUACUUAACAAAAAGGAUCAGAAUGCGACGCCCGUUUUCUUAUCGAGCACGCCUCUUGACUUGGAUGAAUUCAGUCGUUCCCUUUGGGGUGAAAAACUCGUUCUGAGUAGUAAAACAAAUCGAAUAUGCGGUGUAUUUAUUCCGUCUCGUGGCAUGCGCCAAACGACUCAAUCCUCCGAGGAUACCCCUUGUAGUGAAGCUGUUUUCGGUAUUUGUGUACGUUCAACACAAUCUUGUGGAAGGCCUGCUCUACCUAAAAGGCUCACCUCCUGGAAGGAUGUCGGAAAGAUGGCUCAGGGCGAAGUGUUUUCCAAAUUUGAGUGCGAACAGGGCUAUUAUGUAAGCGGACCCGGCAGUGUUCACUGCAAGAAGCACGCGGGACUUCGACAGGAAACGGCGACCCAGUGUCGAAGCUCAAUGUGCGGAGCCCCGCCACUUGUUGCUAAUUCCUUUGUUGUGCUGGAUACAACUCGGCCAUACUUGCGAUGUGUCAACGACUCCUUUAUUCUGCAUGGACGUGCUCAACUCUAUUGUGAUCCAGUGACUGCACGUUGGGAUCACCCAAGGGCUACGUGUAUCCACUUACCUACAGGGGUGCGAUACCACGAUAAAAGUUUAGCCUAUAGACUAGCACAGGGAAUCGAAUUAUUCCCAAGGACAGUGAGAGCAGGCGUAAUUAUAUUGCUGGUUACCCUUCUCUUCCUAAAGAUUCUCGUUUCCGUGGCCCUAGUCAAUCUGUUUCACUACUGCCGUGUCGUUAGGCCAAGGCUUGCCCGCAAGGCAGACAGCAGUACGAUGCUGACUAAAAUGCACGAGGAACUGCACGGUGAUGUCGAGAAUGGCGCAUUAGGUACGCUCACUGUCGUUGGGAGCUCCCUUCAGGCACCAAAGCCUGGAGCAACUGACGAACUGGAGUUAAGUAACGAGGACGUGCGCGUGGUGACUCACGCCUCUGAAUCGGAGGAACGUCACAAUAAAUCCCAAAAGAAGUUUUCAACACCAAAAGCCCCUGACACGCCAAAGCUGCGUCUAAGCGAAAGUCCUAUCGAAGACCUGAUGUGUGACUCGACUAUUCAUUCAUCAAUAUAGUAAAAUUUGUAUAGCACUUAGCAUAAAACCAUGACAUAUUCCGUGAUAAAACAAACGUAUGGUACCUUUGUAAUGGAGCUCCUUGUUAUGUGAUUGUUGGAUUAAUAUGAAUUCGUGCUUUGUCAGGCUGCUUUCUUCUAUUACAUGCAAGCAUAUAACUAGUGAAUGUUAAGAAGAUGCACGAAGAUGUUAAGACGAGAAUGAAAAAAAGUGCACAAUGAAAAAAAAACGUGCAGGAAAUGUAGUUCGCACGCGAAAAGGAAGGGGUUAUAGAAUAUGCUCUGGCAACAUUUUUAGAUGUCCGUGGCAGCUUAUUGUUCAAACAUGCUUGUUAAUGGUGUGUGUGUGUGUGUGUGAUAUAUGUGUAUAGAUGUGUAUAAAUAGAUGUAAACAUGAAUUCACUGGCUGUGUUGCAUAGGCCUAAAUGCGCUCGUAGGAUGACGAAAGGCCUAUUUUAAAUAGGUAGUAUUUACCAACUUUGUAGAGCGUACGCCUACGAAAGUCUAGCUUCUAUUACUGGAGGGCUAAGCAGUACUGCGGGCUUUAUCAAGUACUGAGAAAGGAAGUUAACCUGUAAAUGCAGUUAGUUUUCAAUUUGUAGGCGUUACUCCUAGACGAAACUAUCGAGAGGCAGUCGCGUUUAGUAACGAAGGACUACUGCAACAGCAACAACAAUUAGUGUCUUUCGGUUCAAUCGACCAAAUAUGAUAGCAGACGCUUGAGCACCAGCAUCAUUUUUAUUGGAAGUGCAAAUUCGUUUCUGCGUUACUUGAUUUAAAUGGCUUGCUAAUUUUAUUUAGUAAUAAAAUUGUUACUAAGAUACAACAGGACACCAGAAUUAGCAAAACGUAAGCGCAUUUGCAAACCAUAAAAAACUGCUUUAAAAUGAAUAAGGUAAGAUUGAUUCAAUGCUUCUGUGAUACCUGUAACACUUGUAUCCUGGUGUUAUUUUGUUGAAAGACUAAAAAAUAUAAUUUUAGUAGUUCUUUACGAAAACCCGUCUGCAUGUGCAGAGGUUUCACUCAAGUGCAAGGGUCUAUCUGAAAGAACUAUUUUUUGUGAAGCUCACUUGGCGACAUCUCAGAUUGAAGGUAAAACAAUUUGAAAGUGGCGUAUAGUCCUUUUCUUAGGUCGGCUGUUUCAGAUUGCUAUUUCUAGCUGAAUUGGCUGAAUUCGAUUUAAGCCGAUUUGGUGAGGACUCUUGAGGAAGGACAGUUUCAGUAGCUGCACUUUUCCAUGGACCAUGCCCUGUGAGUGGAACAGCCAUAAAACGAUUCGGGGGUUCAGCGGAACAAAGUGGUAAGGACCAUAUCAUAAUCAGCUUUCCCACACUGAAGUUUUCAGCGUGAAGUUGUAUUCCACUGGCGCAAAAUAAUUGAUUCUUUCGAAUUGUCACAAUAUGGAUUAUAAUAUGGUCACGUAUCUUUAAAUUAAUGUCUUAUACAUAAUUUUAGUAUGUAACUAAAAUUAAUUUGGGCUUACUUCGCGAUGUGAGAUAUGUUCACCAAACGUGAGAGUGCAGCGUAAAACAAAGGCUGUCUCUUCAAGGAAUAGGAUUUUAGAAGAUUUAACGAGAGUUUAGAAAAGAAGAUCCCGUGGGUCCAGGGAUACAGGUUAUUGCCAGCCCUUUGUUGUUAAACAAAUCGUGAGGUUCCUAUUGGCUAAAACUAGCUAGCUAAAAAAUAUAGCUAAAACAAUCAGACAUCUCAGAUCAUGAGAGAAUAAUUAUACUAUGAAUGUAGGACAAAUUUUACACCGCAAGCUGAGACUGUAUUCUUCUCGACAUAGAAUAAAAAAGUUUUAAAUAGAAUAAGCAUAAGAUCAGCUAUAACAGUGCGCAUUAAAUGCUGUCUGCUAAUAAAGUCAAUAUUAGGGUGUGUGUGAAAAAGUUAUGGGGUUCUAAUUAAGCUGCCGCUCUGAGAGCAAAUAUCAAUUCCACGUUUGUAUACACAAUCGAUGCACGGCCUCACCCAAAUGUAUGCAAUCAUUUUGAUUGGUAAUGAAAUACCCCACUAAAACUCAAGCAGAGAUUCGAAAUUAUUAUGUGUGCAAUGAGACAAAAGAUGUUGCAUUCAGAUUCUGGUAUCAUGAGUAUUAGCACGUUGCAUGCUGAACGGAUGGAUUCACUUUUGUGACCUUUUUGGGCUUCGGUUAGCCCGAUACGAUUGAGUAGAUCCAUCGAGUCAUUGCAUACUCAGUUAUCUUAAUCUCGGGGUACGCAUCUUUCUCAUAAAAAGUUUUUGUCAAAUUUGUUCUAAGUUCUUUUGAGGCAUUCACUAGGCCAGGAGUAGCUAAGGACUCUCGCUAGUUU